AUGCUCACCUUCAAGCGGGCCCUCAUUGCGGCCGCGUUCUUCCUCACCGUCUUUUACAUCACCACCCGCUCACACACAACCCCGGGCGCCGUAUUAUUACAAGACCAGAAAGACGCUGCAGCCGCCGCAGCUUCGUCCACCGCAGCUGCUGCCUCGCAAAACGGCCCGUCAAUAGCAUCACAAGGCGGCAGCGCGUCGUCUUCUUCCUCGGGCGUGGGCGCUGGCGCUGGCGCUGGCGCUGGCGCUGGCGCCGACACCCACCAGCUCGGCCAUGUUGGCGACCAAAAGACGCUGCACAUCCCCGACCUCGCCAAAUUGACCCUCUACGACAAGCUGGCGUACCAGUACCCCUACGACGUCAACAAGAAGUUCCCCGCCUACAUCUGGCAGACGUGGAAGUACACGCCGGCCAACGGCGAGUUCACCUUCCGCGAGCAGGAAGCCACGUGGACGGAGCAGCACCCGGGCUUCAUCCACGAGGUCAUUACCGAUGCCGUGGCCGUCAAGCUGCUGCGCUUGCUGUAUGCCGCGGUCCCCGAGGUCCUCGAGGCCUACGACGCGCUGCCGCUGCCCGUCCUCAAGGCCGACUUCUUCCGCUACCUGAUCCUGCUCGCCCGCGGCGGCAUCUACUCGGACAUUGACACCUACGCCAUACGCAGCGCCCUCGAGUGGAUCCCCGAGAGCGUGCCCCGCGAGGCCAUCGGCCUCGUCAUUGGCAUCGAGGCCGACCCCGACCGGCCCGACUGGCGCGACUGGUACAGCCGCCGCAUCCAGUUCUGCCAGUGGACCAUCCAGGCCAAGCCGGGCCACCCCGUCCUGCGCCAGAUUGUCACGCACAUCACCAACGAGACCCUGCGCCUGAAGCGCGCCGGCGACACGUCGGCCUUCCUCGGCAACAACGUGGUCGAGUUCUCGGGCCCCGCCGUGUGGACCGACGUCGUCUUUGGCUACUUCAACGACGACCGCUUCUUUGACAUGGCCGACUCCAAGGGCCCCAUCGACUGGCGCAACUUUACCGGCAUGGACGCCCCAAAGCGCGUCGGCGACGUCAUUGUGCUGCCCAUUACGUCCUUUUCGCCGGGCGUCGAGCAGAUGGGCGCCAAGGACUACGACGAUCCCAUGGCCUUUGUCAAGCACGACUUUGAGGGUACAUGGAAACCCGAGAGCGAGCGUCACAUUGGCGAGCAGCAGGAGUAA